ACUUGAUCUACCAAUAAUUGUAAAUACAAUAAAUGGUAAAAAUAUCCAAGUAAUAAGAAGAGAAAGUUGAAUCUAAAAAAUGGACAAAUUAAAAGUUAAAUGUUACUUUGGACAUUGGCUUCAAUUGAUGCUCUUUAUUUGCCUCUAUUGCGGAUUAACCUACAACUUUUACCUAAUUUAUGACCUACAAAAGCAAGUGUCUUGCCUUGGCUCAUCCAUCGGUACACCUUCAGUGAGCAUAAUAAAUAAUGUGAAAUCUGUAAAGUCGCAUGUUAAGGAUCGAUCCAAACGCUCUUAUCCACUAAUCCAGCCUGUAAAUAAUUUAGUACAUCAAUCAUUGUCAUCCAGUGAACUGUUGAAUGUAACCAAACAGUCAACCGACUCAGUCUACCAGCCAAAACAUGAACACCGUCACCACAAACAUCGAGGUAAACGUAAACCUCAAGAAACAUCUGAAACCAAAGGUGAACCCGGAGUUGAAUUUUACUCAGAGCCACAAACUCAAACUGCUUCACAGGGAUUCGUCUGGUUGACUUCCCAUUCAAGAAUAGCGCUUCCAGUUCUUCAAGAAUAUUGCCUAUCAGCUAAGCAAUACUGUCCAGCUGGUAAUCCGGGUCCACAAGGACUUACAGGAUUUCCUGGUCCAAAAGGUGACAGAGGAGACAAAGGUGAAAAAGGUUAUCAAGGUCCAAAAGGACCAGCUGGACCUCAAGGUCUUCCCGGGUUUGCUGGACCAAAAGGGGAACCAGGUGAAUCUGGCUUGGAUGGACGAGAAGGUCUACCAGGUGAACCGGGUCUUGAUGGGGUUCCAGGACGAGAUGGUGAAGAUGGUAAAGAUGGUCGUGAUGGGCGAGAUGGUAUUCCUGGUACUCCAGGUCAGCCAGGCACAAAUGGAACCAAUGGUUUACCAGGUACUCCGGGUGAGAGAGGAGCUCCAGGGCCUCCUGGUACACCAGGACUUAGAGGACCUGCAGGUAAAAAAGGUGUUGCUGGUAAACCUGGUGAACCUGGACGACCAGGUAUUUCAGCUUGGAAAACAGUCUCAGGAAAUAAUAUCACAGAUGCUUCCAAAAUACUGAUUCCACCAAUAAUGAAUGAUGAAGAGUCUCAUCCAUCAUACCGGGUUCGGGAAGGUGAUAAUGUUGUCAUCGAGUGUAUAGCCAGUGGUCAACCUCGUCCCAUUUAUUCUUGGUAUAAAAAAGAUGGUAAACCAAUUAGGCUGAAAAAUAAUACAUAUGUUGAAGUGUGUGGAGGUAGACUGAAUUUAACCAGAGUAAGACGGGAACAUUCAGGAACAUAUGUUUGUUAUGCUAAUAACGGCAUUCCUCCGCAAGUAUUCAAACAAUACGAUAUAACAGUUGCAUAUCAGCCAUUAAUUACAGUACCAAAAGAUGCUAUUGCUGCAGAAAAUGGUUCGUUUGUUGUACUAGAGUGCCUUGUUGAUGCUUUUCCGACAGCCAUCCAUUAUUGGACCUUUAAAGGAGAUAAAAUAUUAACUGAUUGGAAAAGGAAAAUGUAUCAAAUUGAAAAAUCAGACAACUUAACUCACCUUUUGUUGAACAUAUCACACGUUGAACCAAAUGAUUUAGGCGUUUAUAAAUGUAUAUCAAAAAAUGAAGUCAACACGACUUAUGGGAUUAUUGAGCUUUAUGCCAAUGAUUCAAUCCGUCACAGAGGUCAUGAAGCCCAUGAGAAAAUUUUUGGAAUACCAGAGAUUCCACCAGAAGAUCCUGAAUGUGAAAUAUGCCAAGAAUGUGGUUGUCGACGUAAUGAAACUAUUAAAGCUGAAGAUGUUCAUGGAUUUGAUAAAACGAAAUGGAUUGGACUAAAACCUAGAAAUCAAAAUUGUAUUCAUGGUGGAAGUGUGAUAAAACUUCUGCGAGUUGGUAAACCUUUAUUCAACACUGAACGAAAUGAAAGCUGGGGCUGUUGGAUGCAGGAUCCAGUUUCGGUUAGAGAUGAAGACAAAGAAAAGUAUUGGUUGACAAUUGAUUUGGAGGAAAAACGUGGAUUACUUUAUGAAUAUCCAAAUAAAAUUGCCUUCCGUUCGGAUAACGAUGUGACCAUUCAUAAGCUACGAUACAAUUUCACUGGUAAUUCACAAAUAAUUUACAACAGUUCCUUUUACUACUACUCGGAUCAAAUGAAAAAAUUGGUGAAAUAUGAUUUGAAGAGUAAAGACUUUGCCUACUUGGAGCACUCUUUCACCCAUUCAUUCAAGCAACUUUACUCUCUGGCCCAUAAUCAUUUGGAUUUAAUGGCAGAUGAAAAUGGUCUUUGGGUUAUCUGGCCUAAUCCAGAAAACAACAAUACUAUGGUCAUGAAAUUUGAUGGAUCGACAAUGAAUGUACCUCAAGCUUCAUCCAUCGAGUCUAUAUGGAAUAUUAAACUCGACCAUACAACUCGUGGUGAAAUGUUUAUCAUUUGUGGUGUUUUGUAUUCAGUAGCCAGCAUCUCGGAAACGUAUACAACCAUUGAUGUUGCUUUUGAUCUGUACAACAAUGUUAACCUUAAUGAUUAUCAAGAACCAAUCAAAUUCAUCAAUCCGUUUAAGAAAAAUAUUAUGCUUUCUUACAAUUCAAGAAGUCGUAAAAUUCAUGGCUGGGAUAACAACAAUUUAAUUGAAUAUCCAAUCAUGCUUUCACCAGAAUGAAUAAUGGAUUGCCGAUAACAAAGUAAUUUGCAUGUUUUGCAUCUAAUAAUUUGACCAUUGAAUUAUGAUAUUGUAUUUUUCAUGGUCAUGACCAAUCUCCAACUCUUUACCCAGACGAGGAAAACAAUUGUAAACCUAUUUUAUGGCACUAAACAAGUGAUCUUAAUCUGCCACAGCUAAUUUCACCAAACAACACCAAAUGUUCAACUCGUUACCUUUUAUCCAUCCAAUGUGACAAAAAAUGCUAUCGAGAUGCCAAAGUGAUAAUACCGUUUACAUAUUCAAUUGCUAUUUAUAUACAAGACUCAAUUACAUUUUUUGAAAUAUAUUACAAGAAAAUGAAAGACAAAACGAAGUCUCUUUUGUUAUUGAAAAUGAAACUUGUAAUUAAACAGAUUUUUGCAUCGAUUCUUAUGAUAA